AUUUUCUCAGGUCGGAAAGCUCUAACAGAACUCUCAGGUCAGGCCACCGUCGCUACUAUUACAGAUCCGACCUGACAACUUCCGACCGAUUGAUGUCGAAUUCCUGAUUGGAUCUUUCUUCUACCCUUGCGAAACCCUAAGUACACAUUUCGUCGACUUAACAUUGUUUCCGAAAUCGAUUUUCUGCGUCACUAUCAAUGGGUCGCUCUCGUGGUAACUUCCACAAUUUCGAAGAUCCUACCCAGAGAACGAGGAAGAAGAAAAAUGCGGCUAAUGUGGAGAACUUUGAGUCUUCCUCUAUUGUUACAGGAACCGAGGCAGGAGGGAAAUACAACUGCGAUUAUUGCCAGAAAGACAUUACUGGCAAAAUCAGGAUCAAAUGUGCUGUCUGUCCUGAUUUUGAUCUCUGUGUUGAAUGUAUGUCUGUUGGUGCUGAGAUCACUCCUCACAGAUGUGAUCACGCCUACCGAGUUAUGGGAAAUCUAACUUUCCCGCUUAUUUGUCCGGACUGGAGUGCGGAUGAUGAAAUGCUUCUCCUGGAGGGACUUGAAAUUUAUGGAAUGGGAAACUGGGCAGAGGUCGCGGAGCAUGUAGGAACAAAGAGUAAAGAACAGUGUCUCGAGCACUACAAUAACAUUUAUCUGAACUCACCGUUUUUCCCACUUCCAGAUAUGUCUCAUGUAGCAGGGAAGAACAAGAAAGAACUUCAAGCCAUGGCCAAAGGACGCGUCGAUGAGAAGAAAGAGCCGAACAUGAAAGAAGAGUACCCGUUUUCUCCUCCUAAAGUCAAAGUUGAAGACACACAAAAAGAGUCUCAUACAGACAGGAGUUUUGGAGGAAAGAAACCUGUUACCCCGGGAAACAACUCUUUGGUUGAAUUGAGUAACUACAACCACAAAAGAGAAGAGUUCGACCCUGAAUAUGACAAUGAUGCUGAGCAGCUCUUGGCUGAGAUGGAGUUCAAAGACAAUGAUACUCCCGAAGAAAAAGAGCUGAAGCUGCGUGUGUUGCGUAUUUAUUCGAAAAGACUUGAUGAGAGGAAACGUAGAAAGGAAUUCAUACUAGAAAGAAACCUUUUGUACCCAAAUACCUUUGAGAAGGACCUGUCUCAGGAGGAGAAAAUGCAGUGUCGGCGUUUAGACGUGAUCAUGCGUUUUCAUUCAAAGGAGGAGCAUGAGGAGCUACUCCGUACGGUUGUGAGCGAGUGUCGCAUGAUGAAUCGGCUCAAAGAACUCAAGGAAGCUCAAAUGGCAGGGUGUCGCUCCACGGCUGAAGCAGAGAGGUACCUUUCGAGGAAGAGGAAGCGAGAGAACGAAGAAGGGAUGAACAGAGGGAAAGAGAGCGGUCAAUUUGCAGGGGAAAUGGGAACUAGACCACCUGUGCAAGCAUCUUCAAGCUAUGUGAAUGAUCUGGACCUGAUUGGGUUCACGGAGUCGCAACUGCUGUCUGAAUCCGAGAAACGUCUAUGCAGCGAGGCCAAGUUGGUUCCAUCGGUUUAUCUCCAUAUGCAACAAGUGAUGUCACAGGAGAUAUUCAAAGGGAAUGUGACGAAGAAGUCAGAUGCAUAUAGCUUGUUCAAGAUUGAUCCAACCAAAGUGGACAGAGUUUACGAUAUGCUUGUGAAGAAAGGUAUUGCUCAGCUAUAAGACUUUGUGUUGUAUCAUUGUAUCUAUCUAUCUUUGUGUGAGCUCGAUUGAGUUAUAUGUUCCUUUGUCACAAUUGUAGUUUGUAUACUCUGUUCUACAUGUCAUUAGUCAUCAAUGUUGUGCUUAUGAAAAUAGUCUUUUUUUAUCCACUUGAUAUUGUUACAAGAUCAAUCAACGUGGUAGGCCAUUUUAUUUGACAUAAAGGUACCAAAUCAUGUACAUUUGUAAAGCUUUUGGAUACAAAUCUCUCAGUCGUACUUGUGAGAAUCAUCAGGCCGCCCGGCGACGUAUUCCAUGAUUCCCUCGCCGGUAGCUUCUUCUGAAAGCUGUUGGAAGCCACCAAAGGUGAUUGCCACCGCCAAGAAGGCGGCCGUUGACGCAAACAGAGGCCAGAAAUAAGCUAAUAUGUCGAGAAAUCGUGGUGCUGCGUACACGAGGGACGACACAAACAGGCUUACCAUGAUUGCGACCAUCAAAUGGAGUUUGUAUUCCUUUAGUCUUGCUUGAAUCUCCAUUUUCCUUUUGAUCUAGAGAGAGAGAAGAUGUUGAAACUAAAACCUCUAAAGAAUGCAACUUAUGAGGAAGGAGAUGGAGAUGGUUUUAAUGUCAAAGUAUACCUUUUAGCUUUGUUGAUCAACGGAAGUUCUGAAGUCCUUUUCUUCAGUGACUGUG